AUGUACGCUUUCGCAUUGCUUUCUCCAACCCCGAAAUAUUUCAGACCAUCUCAAGGAUGGAGCGUCAAAAUAGUCCCUGUACAGAAGGUGAAAAGUUGGCCUGAAGGCGUAGAAACUCUGCCAAAAGUGGCCGUUGAUGGAAGUGCGGUUCGUCAUGAGGAAAACCAAAAUUCAGGUACUGGGUCGGUGAUACGGACAUUUUCGAUGGGGCCAUCCAAGAUCAAUAUGAAAGUUCCCAGCAACGUUGACUUUCUUGAGCCAAAAGUUAUAGAGUUCGCUCGAGGCAUUGGCAAAGUAACAAAGACAUCGGCAGAAGAUCGUUUUCGGGGAACUUCUUACCUGCGAACGUUUGUUUCACCUACGCGAACAACUCAAGGGCCGCUACGCAUAACUGGACCACUGCCAUCCUUUUUAGCUCGACGUCAAAAGUUUGGCUCCGUUGGAAAUCCAGCACCGGCUCCCACAGCUGCCAUCAUUUCUCCUGAGCCAUCAUCCUCCUUUUUAAACCGCCCAUCACCAGUAAACCCAUCACUAAAACCUCAACCAGCCAAGCCUGCUCCUCAGUGUGGCAUAGCUCCUGAAUACAAACCUUGUGUUUCCUCGGAACAGGCUAGCCAUGCAUUAUUGGAUUGUUGUCGUAAGAAGAACUUACCGCCAGGAUGCUUGUCAUUAUGCCGAUACGACAUUACCCAGGCUGAGGUAGCGUUGCACCCUAUUUGGAAUGUGCCUCUCAAGGAAAAGACAACACUGAAUGCUGUAGACACAAAAGAGUUGCAGCAAAAACGUGAGCGCUCUUACUCAGUACAAUCACAUUUCAGUGGACCUCAAUGCGAACAAUUCUGUCGACCUUCGAAAGGACUUAGUGCAUUAGGUCUUCAACAUAUCGUAUGUGCCAAUGCGAUCGGGGAUAUGCUCCAUUGCCAUCACUCAGGAAUCAGGCUACACUAG